AUGACUCGUAAACGCCGCAAUGGAGGACGCGCCAAGCACGGCCGUGGCCACGUCAAGGCUGUAAGGUGCACCAACUGCGCGCGAUGCGUGCCAAAAGACAAGGCUAUCAAAAAGUUUGUGAUUAGGAAUAUUGUCGAAGCGGCAGCCGUCAGGGACAUCAAUGAAGCCUCCGUAUAUGCCUCAUUCCAGCUGCCCAAGCUGUAUGCUAAGCUCCACUACUGCGUGUCCUGCGCUAUCCACAGCAAAGUAGUACGUAACAGAUCAAAGAAGGACAGGAGGAUCCGUACGCCACCCAAGAGCACCUUCCCCAGGGACAUGCAGCGCCCUCAGAAUGUGCAAAGAAAGUGA